GUGAGGUUAGUCAUUUCAUGUGCAAUUUGUAAAAUAAUAAUAAUAAAAAACUGAAGAGAAUGGCUGGAAAAAGUACACAGACUGACGUUCCACAGAUCCAGAUUCGUCUUGUCACCAAACAACUUCAGUAUGCUGUCCCAGACUACCCAUUGUCAAUACCCGCAUCAGUAUUUGUUUCAGAACUGAAUAAUCUGGUAAAUGAACUUCUGAAAGAAUCUGGUAAUGUCAGUAAAGAGGUAGAAUUUGACUUCCUUGUGUGUUCUGAGUUUCUUCGUACCUCUUUAUUGGAACACAUUAGAGAAAGAGGUAUAUCUGUUGAAGAUGUAAUUGAUAUCGAAUACAUUGAAAAACAUCCACCACCAGAACCACAAGACUGUCUGAUACAUGAUGAUUGGGUGUCUGCAGUUGCGGUUUGUGAAAGAUGGAUAUUGGCUGGUUGUUAUGACAACACUCUUCAUUUAUGGACUGCAAAAGGAAAACAUCACUUGACUAUCCCGGGGCAUACAUCACCAAUUAAAGCUGUGGCAUGGAUAUCAUUAGAUGAAGAAAAUGGAACUUUUGUGAGUGCAUCUCAAGAUCAGACUGCAAUAAUAUGGAAGUGGAAUGUUGAAAGUAACUCUGUUGAAAGUAUACACACAUGUAAAGGGCAUGAAAGAGGCCUUGAAGCUGUUGGCAUAAAUACUACUAGUAAUUUAAUGGCAACUGGAGCUUGGGAUACCAUGUUAAAAAUUUGGUCCACCUCUUUGCACGAUGAGAAUGAAGAUGGAGAAUCAUUUUCAAAAAGACAAAAAACUGACUGCAGUAAAACAAGAGUACCAGUAAGGACUAUGAAAGGUCAUAAAGAAGCAAUCAGCGGCGUUGUUUGGUCAAACAAAACAGAAGUUAUCACAUCUUCUUGGGAUCACACCUUAAAAAUCUGGGACACUGAACUUGGAGGAAUCAAGCAUGAGCUUACUGGAAAUAAAAGUUUCUUUGAUCUUGAUUAUUCAAAUUUAUCAAGGACCAUAAUCACAGCAUCAGCAGACAGGCACAUUCGUUUGUAUGAUCCAAGAUCCACAGAGGGUGCUGUGGUUAAGACUAUAUUUACUUCACAUACACAGUGGGUUCAGGCUUUGCACUGGUCAACAACUGAAGAUCAUUUGUUUAUGUCUGGAGCAUAUGACAAUAAUGUCAAAUUAUGGGAUACAAGGAGCCCCAAAGCUCCAUUGUUUGAUUUGAGUGGCCAUGAAGAUAAAGUUCUAAGCUGCAACUGGUCGAAUCCCAAGUUUUUAGUAUCUGGUGGUGCUGACAAUACAGUCAGAAUAUUUAAAUCGAAGUGUGCAGUAAAAUAAUUGUACAAAUAAA